AUGUCUUUCCUAAGUGAGCAUAUUGAGUUGGAUAUAGAAACGUCGGUGUACGAAGAGCUGGAGAAAGAGUUGCACUCAGAAACUGAGUCAGAAAAAGAGGCAGUUGUGGAGAAGCCGUUGCAGUCAGAAACCAAGUCAGAAAAGGAAGCAGAGCUGAGAAAACUUCGCGAGCUCAUCGAAUACAGCUGUUCAAAACAGUAUAUAGAUAGGAACCUCGGUUUCCCGACGGACCACCCAGAUGAUCGUUCGAUCUGCGUAAGCAAUGUUCAUUACUCCGCAACAAAACAGGAGCUGGAAAAGCAUUUUGAAGGCUGCGGAGCGUGCAAGCGUAUUACGAUAGUAUGCGACCAAAUUAGCAGACAUCCUAAGGGUUAUGCCUACAUCGAAUUCGCCGAGCGAGACUGUGUGAAGCUGGCUAUUGCAAAAAACGGGUCAUUUUUCCGGGGCCGAAUUUUAUCUGUAAAACCAAAACGUUUUCACCGACCUGGACGACAAAUACCACCGUUUAAAAAGAAUGUUUGGGUAGCUAGUCAUAAAAAAAUUGUAAGACCUCCAUCGGCCUACAAAUGGACUCGUCUACAAAAAUAA